AUGCCGGGUUAUAGUGAAGAUUAUGACGCCGAUGUGCUAUCCUCUCAGGAACUGAGAACGGAUGCAUCGAACAAGAAGAGCGUUGACCAAAUCAAUGAGAAAUCAGUCGAAUCGUAUGCGUCCAACGCAGAGGUUGGCGCGACUAACCCAACCAUGUUCCGCAGGUUUGUGGACUCCUUCAAACCAGCAGAGGACAACAAGCACAGCGAAGUGGACUCUGACGUGGAAAGGAACGGCGAUGCCGCUUAUUCUGUGAACACUGACACUCACUUGAAAAAGGCAAUGAAGACGAGGCACGUGAUCAUGAUGACUUUGGGGACCGGUAUUGGUACGGGUCUUCUGGUCGCCAAUGCAAAGGGUCUGCAUUUCGGUGGUCCUGCGGCGCUAGUGAUCGGGUACGGGCUUGUCUCAAUGGUCACAUACAUUAUGAUCCAAGCGGCUGGUGAAAUGGCCGUCGCAUAUCCAACUCUACCGGGGAAUUUCAACACGUACGCCUCCAUCUUCGUGUCUAAACCAUUCGGGUUUGCUACUGUGUGGUUGUUCUGCAUCCAGUGGCUGACCGUCUUACCGUUGGAAUUGAUCACAGCCAGUUUGAUCAUUAAAUACUGGACGGAGAAAGUGAACGCAGACGUGUUUGUCGUCAUCUUCUACGUGUUUUUGUUGUUCAUCCACUUCAUUGGUGUCAAAGCGUACGGUGAGACAGAGUUCGUGUUCAACCUGUGUAAGAUCCUCAUGAUUGCAGGGUUCAUUAUAUUCUCCAUCGUGGUCAACUGUGGUGGUGCGGGACACGACGGUUACAUUGGGGGGAAAUACUGGCACUCACCAGGUGCCUUUGCAGGCACAAAUGCAGCGGAACGAUUCAAAGGUGUCUGUUACGUUUUAGUGUCAGGGUAUUUCUCGUACGGUGGUACGGAACUGUACGUCCUCUCUGUGAACGAACAGGAAAACCCAAGAAAGUCUACCCCGAUUGCCGCUAAACAGUCCAUUUACCGUAUCCUAGUCAUUUACCUGUUGACAAUGAUUUUGAUCGGGUUCACCGUCCCAUUCAAUGACGAUCAGUUGAUGGGUGCGGGUGGAUCUGCUACACACGCGUCGCCUUACGUUUUGGCAGCAUCCAUCCAUGGUGUUAGAGUCGUCCCACAUAUUAUAAAUGCCGUUAUUUUGAUUGCUGUCAUCUCCGUGGCAAACUCCUCCCUGUAUGCUGCUCCAAGAUUACUGUGCUCCCUUGCGGAACAAGGUUAUGCUCCAAAAUUCAUGACAUACGUGGACAGAGAGGGUAGACCACUUUAUGCGCUACUUGCGUGUGCAGUGUUUGGGGUAAUCGCAUUUUCUGCCUGUUCUGACCAAGAAGAACAAGUGUUCACGUGGUUGGCUGCCAUUGCUGGUCUUAGUGAAUUGUUUACCUGGUCCUCCAUUAUGUUAUCACACGUUCGUUUCAGACAGGCCAUGAAGUUACAAGGAAGAGAUCUGAACGAAGUUGGGUACAUUGCCAAUACAGGGUACUGGGGGUCAGUAUAUGGGGUAGUCUUCAAUAUCUUGGUGUUCAUCGCCCAAUUCUGGGUCGCGCUAGCUCCACCAAAGAGCCCUAUCACAGCUCAAAGUUUCUUUGAAAGUUACUUGGCGUUCCCCAUUUGGAUUGCAUUCUACUUCGGUUAUAUGAUUUGGAACAAGGACUAUACGUUUUUGAAUCCACUAGACAAAAUUGAUCUAGAUCACCACAGACGCAUCUAUGAUCCAGAGGUUUUGAAGCAAGAAGACAUGGAAAACAAAGAACGCGUCAGGAAUGGCAACAUCUGGACUAAGUUGAAGUGGUUCUGGUGCUAA